AUGACUCCUGCUUUUCGGGGCCGCGGAGGCGGAUUGGGAUUUGUCACCAGUCCCGAGAGAUUGCCUCCAAGAAAUUGGGACCUGAAGACUCGACCUCUUCUCCGGCCUAUUAAAUUUGUUCGCGCUGCGGAACGCUUGUUUGAAGCAGACCCAGAGGAGCUCCUUCAGGCGCAUGAGAUUCCUCCUCAUCCUAGUGACCAACUGGAUCCUCAAACUGAUCGGCUGGCUGCCGUAUUCGACAACGAGAAAGCACCACCCACUGCAGAAACUACUGCAGAUCCAACAGCAGAAAACUCGGAGAAUGACGCUACAGAGAUCAAAGAAGCUGUCGUACAAGCUGCAUCAUCUGGCGCCUUGAUUGGUCUUUGUGAAACGAACGUCUCCAAUCCACAAUCCGGCGAAGACUUGUUGGCUUUUCUCAUGGGUUCUACAUCUAGAAAGGAGUCAGCUAAAGCCACAGAGGAGCUAUUCUUCGUCGACACAACUCGUCAAACUAUGACCACUGAGAUCAUCUACAAAGCCGAAGGCCCUGUCCUUGGGGAGGAGGAGCCAGACGAAGUUAUUCUCAUACCAUCUCCAUCGGCACGGAAAGCAGCAUCUAUCGCAGGGAGUAACGGCAAGGCAUCCACUGUAGCUUCUCCCCUCAUUACCCGUAGCACAGUCCUUGAAUCAGCACAAGAGGAAACAUCAACACGUAUCGCAACCUCAAACAAGAGCCUGCUCUCCUUCUCCGUCGCUCGAGCGGGUCGCGCCGGAAAAGUCCCUGCACGAGCUCGAAAAGAGGCGAAGCGUCGCAAAAGGACGGAAGAUGCGUGGACCAACGACCUCGGAAAUGUCUUCGGCUUCAAGGACGGUCGAGAGGGGCUUCGCAAGGGCGAUUCGGACCUGAAUGUGGGCUCGAGUUCGGAGGAAAUUGAGGAUCAUGGGAUGGAUGUUGAUGGUGAUCUCGAUGCAACAGCAAUGGCGGCAUUCGCUCGGGAGAUGAACAAACCACAUCAAUCGAUGGACGACGUUGAACUAGAAGCAGCGGUUGAACGUGGAGAAUUCGACUCGGACGACGAGGGAGUGGGUGCAGAAGAUGAAGAAGAGGAUGAGGAUGAGGACGGGAUGGAUCCUCAGAUGAUGCUCGAAGAGGUGCUAGGGUUGGACGAUGAAGAAGAUUGGUCUUCUGACGACGGAGAAGACGACCUAUCGCCAGAGGCCUCGUUUGCAGCUCGGCUCCUACGCGUUCGCGAGCGCACUCCAGGUACCUCAAAAGAUAUUGACCAGUCAUGGGCGGAUCGCGAUGAAGACUACAUAGCAGGAAUCGAGAGAAUAUUGGAGGAGAAUGCGGACAUUCUAAUGUCGAGGGACCGAAAAACCAGGAAAGCGCUAUUCCGAGCCAUUCAAAAUGGCGAAUCGGACUACCCAUUCCCUUCCUCAUCCAAGUCGUCCAAGGUGGCAAAGGAUAGAGCCGAUCUCUUGGCAGAGCAGUGGCUUCGGGAUCGAAACAAAAAGGCCGAACGCAAACGACAGCGUGAACUUGAGCGUCAAGAACAAGGCGGAUUGGGAAAUGGCAAGACGAAGGGCAAGAGUCGGAACCCAGACUUGGAGGAGAUUGAGCAGAUGAUGCGAGACCUUAUCACCUCUGUGGCGCCUGGUGCGCCCAAGUCAUUCGAGUUGCCCGCGUUGGACAAGCCGAUGCGUAUCAAGGUGCACGCCCUGGCCCAGGCGCUCAACCUCAAGAGCACGAGCGCGGGAGGGAAGAAGAAUGGAGUCAAAACGAUGACUAUCAGUCGAGGAAACCAUACUGGCGUUCGGUGGAUCAACGAGGCCAAGGUGGACUCUGUCCUUAAGAGGAAGAAGGGCUCCAGACCAGGAGGGCCAGGGCUUAAAGGAAUCAGAGAGGGAGAGGUGAUUGGACAUCAAGCAGCAAAGAUUGCAGAGGACAAUAUCGGUUAUAGAAUGCUUGCUCAGAUGGGUUGGUCCGAGGGCGAUCGAAUCGGUGUCCAAGGCGGCCUUGAUGCUCCUAUUACCGCUGUGAUGAAGAAGACAAAGCUGGGCUUGGGAGCGUUCCGAGGGGCGGAUUAG